GCUGCGCUUCCUGGUUCGGACUUGUUGCAAGAAAACCAACUUGUUUACAUGUUUGAACGGUUUAUCGCCACUUGCAAAUAUUGUGGUGAGGGGUUUAACUAAUUCAGGUAUCCCCCGACCUCUGGAGAUCCCCUUCAUUAGCCUCCAUGGAGUCAGAAAGGACUGAAUCCCCGGCGCUGAGCCUGGCACAUGUAGCUGAAGUCUUCAACUCCAUCCGGGAGCGCGCAAUCGCGGAGAACAGCAUGGUGGUCCUGCUGCAGGGUCUGCAGGGAGAGGUGACCACGGUGGACCUGAGGAACGAGAGCACGGCGCGCGGCCGCGUGGUCAACGUGGACGCCUUCAUGAACGUGCGUCUGGAGGACGUGCUGUACAGCGACAGACGGGGCAAGCUCACCAAGCUGCAGGACAUGUUUAUCACCGGCAGGAACGUUCGCUACGUCCACAUCCCGGACCACGUGGACAUAAUGAAGACCAUAGAGAGCCAGCUGGCCAAGAUCCACCGCGUCCGCAACUUUGCCAGUCAUGGAGGAGGCAGAAAAGAGUACGCAAAGAAAACCAAAUAACUUCUUUUCUUUUUCGUGGAAGGAUUAAAAAAAUAGAAACUCAGUUGAGUACUACUUGGGCAAGACUACAACAAUAAUACUUUGGGGCAACAAGCAUUGCACUCGAUCAGCAGUUUCUGACCAGAGGGGGUCACAGUAUGAUUAAAGGGAUAAGAAUGAAAACAAUAUGUCAGCAAUACAAAAAUACUUUCUUUGACAUUUUUUCUAUUCGGUGGUUUAUAAAUACGGGAUACCUUCACCCUCUGUGUUUGAACUGCUCUCAACUCAUGUGUACACCGAGACCUCCUCCUGUGAUGACGUCGGGUCAUGAGAUGAAAAGGUUGGCGAUAUAGGCUGACCAACUUGCAAUUGUUUUCAUUAUUACAUUUUCUUGAUUCAUUUAUGAAUCUUUGGGCUCCAGUAUGUCACAAAACUGUGAAAAGUGACAACUUCCCAGAGCCCAAUGACAUCUUCUGAUGUCUUGUUAUCAGCCCAAAACACAAUGAUAUAGAGUUCAGUGAUAUGCAAACAGACAAAAGCAGCAAAUAGUGACAUUUUGUGAGGCUGGAGAAUGUUUUUGGAAUUUCCGAUUAAUCCAUUAUCAAAACAUUUGCAAAUUGAUUUUCUUUCAAUCGAUAAAUCAGCUGAUUGUUGCACCUCUACACACAACAUGAGCAUCUUUGAUGAACCGCUGGACUAGCUAAUGAGUUGAACGCUCUCCUUGUGUUUUGGUAAUUGAGUUUAAAGUUUGUAAUUGACACAAAAUAGCCGUUUCUUUUUAAAUACAUACAAUAAUUAUGAAUAAAGACGCUUACAAUUAA